AACCGAACACCUCGCGAUCCCAGCCUGCGUUGCACGCGACUUUGGGACACGUCCGCGCGCCGAUUGGGUAGGCUGCACCGUGCCGCUUCUGUAGACCAGGUGCGGGUUGCCGCAUGAUGUUUGCAGGCCACAGAGCAUGACUUCCAGUCCGACCGUUACCUCGAGCCCCUCCGUCUCUGGCAGAUCGCUGCUGUCUCGACUCCGCGCACCUCUCAAGUCCAAGACGCGCAACUUCACCGAGUUCUACAUACAGCCAGAUGACCCCCACCGGCAGUAUGCUCCGGGAGACAUCAUCAGUGGCAGUGUUAUAGUCAAGAUCAUCAAGCCAUUGCGCAUCACUCAUCUGGUUAUCUCACUGCAUGGCUAUGCGCAGGUCUUUAAGAACCCAAACUCGCCCGGCGAUGCCUACAAGAACUACAGUACGACGGUGGGGUCAGGGAAAGGCAAGAAGACCGGGAGCUAUUUCGGCAAUGGCUUCGUCUCGCUUUUUGAGGAUGAGGCAGUUCUAUGCGGCGAAGGAAGGUUGGGAGAAGGCGUGUACCACUUCAACUUCGAGUUGGAGUUUCCGUCCAAAGGCUUGCCCAGCAGUAUAGACUUUGAGCGCGGGACCAUAUCAUAUAUGUUAACUGCCAGCCUAACAAAACCGACCACGAUGUCUCCCGUAUCGUCGUGUGACACCAAGGUCAACUUUAUGGAUGUCAUCGAUGUUGCCGCCAUACCUGAACCGAAGCCCAGGGCUAUAUCGUUAGAGCCUAUAUCCAGAAGGGGGCGAACAAGGACUCCAAAAAAGCUGCCGCAGGUGCAGGAGGCAACGCUGCAAGUGCCCGACGGUGUGGAGCCAACACGUAGUGCACGCGCAUCGGACGCGAACCUCGGUAUUGAAGAAGCUGACCACCCGAGAAGUCCGGCACCCAGCGAUACAAGCUUUGAGAGCCAGAUGAGCAGCGGCAAUGCCUCUGGUACAGAAUACGGCGUCCGCUCAGUGAACACUGCCUUGGACAGUACUUUGGCAAGCGCCAAUCAGACAAAUGUAAAAGGCAAGAUCAUAACAGCAUCGAUUGAGCUCUCGAAGGGCGGUUUCUUGCGGGGUGAUAACAUCGCUCUAAGGAUAUCGGUCAAUCAUACGAAGCAUGUCAGGAGCCUGAAAGGCAUUAUCAUCACGCUUUACAGACAAGCAAGAGUCGAUAUGCAUCCCGCAUUACCCGUCUUGCCAAACAGCAAAAACGAUAAAGCCAAAUCCGAGGAUUAUUACCCUAAAUCACGCACAGGUCUUGGUGGCUUGUCUCUCUCUUCCGCCGGGUCAAGCCAUCUGUUUCGCAAGGACCUUUCGCAGUCUUUUGCUCCUCUCUUCGUCGACCCAAGAACGCUCACUGCAGAGGUCAAAUGCUCUGUCAGAGUACCUGAUGAGGCUUUCCCUACUAUUUCUAAUGUACCUGGCGCGAUGAUAAGCUUCAGGUACUUUGUUGAAGUCGUUGUUGAUAUUCAAGGGAAACUCUCGGGUUUAGAUCGAAUCCUUCCUGCCGCUGGCCUAGUGCCCAUGAGCUCCAACUCCGGCAUGGCAGGUCUGGGACCUGAAGAUUCCAAUGGCAGUAUGUUCUCCUCCUGGGGUGGCAACUUCGCAGACACGGACUCGAUCCGGCGCGAAAAGGGCGUAGUAUCGAGCCUCUUCGAGGUUGUCAUUGGUACCAAGGAUAGCGAAAAGAAUGGCAAGCGCAAGGCGCAGCCUACAGAAGUCAGGCCAGACGUACAGGAGAUACCGUUCGAACAAACUCCUUCAGUAGGUGGAGAGCAGCAGGAUCAGGAUUACUAUGGAUACGAUCAGGACGGCCAAUACUACGAUAAUUACGCAUACGAUGGCGUCUACGACGAAGCGCCGGGUUACCAUGAUAGCGGCAGCUCCCAAGCACCCUACAUCCCACAAGCGGAGAACGAGGAAGGACUGUCCGAGAAGGAGCGAAUACGACGGGCAGAAGCGCGUCUACUACCCUCCCAGCCCCCUCAAGAAGGCGGGCCAUCAGCCCCAUCUGAGAUACCGCGCGGCAUACCGCCCUCAGCGCCUGUGCUCGAUGAUGAUGAAGACCUACACCCCCCGUACGUUGCGGCGGAGUCAUCAGCAGCCGCUUCCGGACCUUCAUCGCACCCACCAUCUUUCUCCGCUGCCACCGCUUCUUCGUCACAGGUGUUGACACGCACAGUCACCGAUGAUGAAAGCCGGACAAUCACUACAGGCUCCUCGUUAACCAUCAACGCCCACACCACGCAGCCCCCUCCUUCCACCGCAAAAGAUCCGAAUGCAACCAGAAACCUCCCCGCUCUGCCUCCUCCUUCGCCAGCUGCCGCGCCAGAUUACUCUCCCUCAUCAGCGCACGUUCAGCCCACAGACGACAAGCAAGAGCUCCAGCGAAGAAGACUCCAGAUGGAAGCGAGCGCCCCGCCGACAGAUCCUGAAGAGUCAUCGUCAUCGCUCCAUCCUUCUGCGCCUCCGACAGACACAAUGCACAACCUCACGCUCGCUCCUUCAGCACCGAUGCUCGAUGACGACGACGAAGGCCUUGUGAGCGCCGUGAGGCCAGUGCCUAGUCGAGGUCACAGCGAGGUACCGGGCAGCGAGCAGUUGCCAGAGUACCAGCGGUAGCGCGUUGGCGAAGGUUGAACUCGAUAUAGUAACUACAUCAUUUGUGUAACGACAUCUAGAUCAUGCGUUCUUUGUAAUGUGUACUUGGGGAUUGGGUUUUGGCGUAGAUCCGGCGCAUGUAGAUUGGUUUGUGAAAUGGCCUUGUUUCCUUUUCUUGGUUGGACUUCAUGAUACCUGUAUGUAGAGCAAUGCGAGCGAGCUAUGA